UUCGGAUACAAUUCAUUCUUAUAGUAUUACAAUUAUUAAGAUUUUCAUUUCAACAACGGAUUAUUGUCAUUAUAAUUAAAAUGAUACACUUUGACACGGAGUUUAAUUGGCUAUAAUUAAAAAUGUACUAUAAAUAAUAAUAUGCACUCCAUCUACACACCCAUUGAAAUCCGCAGAAGGCUUAUUUUGCAUUUUUUGUUUGCUUACUUGCAAAGAGAGCAAUAAUAAUACACUCAUCCGGAUUUGUAAAGCAAGAUAGCAUACUUUUCCACGAAGAAGUAGAUAAAGCUAUUUGGUUCAUGUGUUACGGAACUGGAAUUUAAAAAAAAUUGUAUAACAGACUGAAAUAUCACUCUCUUGAGAAAGGACAGGAGAAGACACACUAAAUUUAAGAGAAUUCAAAGGAAAAAUAUAAAUACCUUGGUUAGUGCAUUCAAUCAUUUAAAAAACUAUGUCCGGUGGUCAGUUGAAGGUGUUAAUGGCAUAUAUGCCCAAAGAUAUGGAAAAUAACGCUAUUACCUGGUUUUCUGAAGCAUUCUCAACAUAUUCAAAGUAUAAAGAUAUGGCUGAUUAUUUAAAACAAAAGUUUGAUCAUAUUUAUGGAAGAAAUUGGCAAUGCGUGAUUGGACAUGACUUUGAAAGUUCAAUUACCCAUUUGGACCAUAAUCUUAUCUAUUUCCAAUCAAAUGACUUAGAAGUGCUGCUGUUCAAAACUGCUUAUUAGAAGAAUGAAUUCUGACUAUAGCUUCUAACAAUUGUUGCUGCUCUUAUACGUCAGUAUCAACCACAGUGUAUGCACAUGCACAUGAACAAACUGUCAUAUAUUUUUUGAAGUAAAUUUCAUAGAAGCCA